UACUAGAACAGGGCACACGGACAUCGUUUGGGUCGGCCAGUGAAUCGCUCUGCUCGUUUUCCAAGGAUCCUUGAGGUGGGGGAAUUCGGACACCCAGACAAUGGUGACGGGUCUCUUUGUGAUAUGAAUCUGCCGUGAUUUUUUUUUUUUUUUUUUCACUGUUGUGGGGAGAAAGGGCUGCACGGGAGAAAGUGCACUUCGUUUCGAUAUGUGUGUUCAUGCAUGGGGACAGGUUGUUUUUCGGUCGAAAACAGUUGAGGCAAUUCCUGAUCAUUUUUGAAAGCACUCAAAAGAUGACCGCGUUGUUUUAAAAAAAAAAAAUCAAUAGAUGACACAACACCGGAGGGGGUUUGGCACAUUCUUUUGGAUUUAUUUGAAGCCACACUUCACCUGUUAAUGAUUCUAAUUUUACAUUAACUCGGAAGAGAAUUGGUCACCUACACGUAUAGAGUGGAAUAGAAUUGCAAGUUUCAAACCUUUGGUUUUGCAGCACCUGGCACCCCAGGAAAACAUGUGAGGAAGAUGUUCCUUUUUUAAACUCUCGGGCGAAGAUAUACCAUGGAAAGGGACGCCAGAAAGCGGGGGAUUGUUAUAUAAUUUUAGUCUGGUGGGAGUUUUUUUUUUUUAAAGUUACAUCCAAAACGGCAUUCUCUUUCGCAAGUGUCUAGCAACGGAGGCAAAUUACUGAGACAAUUAAGGCGUUCCUACGUUUUUGUAAAUAAUAAUAAUAAUAAUAAUAAAUAUAUUAAUAAUAGCCUAAUAAUAAAAAUACUUUUUGCAGUUCUAAUAAACUACCGGUUGUUUUUGGAGUAUUGCAAAUUGAUGACUUCCAAAUGUCAUUCAACUGAAGUUUUUGGUGAGACGGAGUAAGAAGGAACUACAUCGGAGAACAUCUGCUCCACGUUACUUCUCACUCGGCUGAAACUGUAUCAAUCACUACUGGAGGCUGCCGUUUCUGGAUCACGUGCCACCUCCACAUAUGCCUCAGAGCUGGGCUACUACACGACAACACCACCGCAGAUGCGAUCUGGUACCAUUCUAAUAUUUAUAACGGGUGUUGAUGGAGAGGAUUUCGAAUGACAGCCGGUACAGUGGUCAUCACAGGAGGAAUUUUGGCUACAGUCAUCCUACUGUGCAUCAUCGCAGUGCUGUGUUACUGUAGGCUGCAGUAUUAUUGCUGUAAGAAGGAGGAGUCAGAGUCGGAGGAGGAGGAGCCUGACUUCGCGGUGACGUCGCCCCUGCCGCCCGUGCACUCCAACCACAACAUCGUCGCCGCGGCAGCCGGAGCCUCCGCCCCCAACGGGCCCAACCUCUUCACCCCGCCGCUGUCGCGGAAGCUGACGCGCUCGCACACCUUCUGCCCGUCCUGCACGCACUACGAGCUGCCCUUCUACCUGCAGCACCCCGAGGGCCAGCGCAACGGCGGGGACCGCGUCAGCUACCGCACCGUGCAGCAGCAGGACCUGGACCUGCCCAUGGACCUGCCCAGCUUCCACAAGCUCAACCUCACCCGCUCCGCCACCAUGAAGGAGAUGUUCACGCGCAGCUGCAGCAUCAGCACCGAUGUGUAGCGCCCCCCGGGGGCAUGGAGGCCCGCGCCGCUCUGGACGCGCACGGUAUCGGGGGGCCCCGUGCCCGCGCUGACGCACACGCGUGUGCGCCUGCCGCCCGUGGGAGGAUUUGUACAGUCAUGGUUUCCCUGGUGAGUACGGAGAUGCCCGGUGACAGCUGCCCUUGAGGGCGUGGCCUCAACACCCCCGACACCCCUCCCGAGGAAGAGGGAGGGGAGAGCAGGGGCAGAGUGAACAGCCAUGUCACAUCCGGGGAUUUCGGUGUGUUUUUUACAGGAGAACGGGUCAGCCUCGGGCCUAUUUAGUGGCAGCUGUUCGGUCUCCGGGUGUUUGUCUUUGCUGCUGAAAGGGUCCCGGGGGAAACGGAGAACACAGGGAGGGCGUAGGAGUCCCUUCAGCACACUCCGGCCCUUUACCUGCAUCCAGGACACCGAGCCCCUCCCAGGACACGCCCUGCCAAACAUUUAGGAUAUUCCAGUAUCACGUUUAUUUGUUUGUUUGUGGGAGUUGCACAAACCACAGACAGAAGUUCCUGUGUCAGAGCCAAAGCGUGUUGUGAUUCUGUUGAUAUGUAUGUUAAGGGCUUUAUAGCAGUCAUCAGAAAGCUCAUGGGACUGUGAGAUAAUUAUAGGGAUGCCCUUUGCUUUGAGAAACUGAUCAACAACAAACAACCCUCCUGUGUUUUUGACUCUUGUACAUAAAGUACUAACUCUUCUGGAUUGUAUAUUUUUUGGGAUGAAGAGUGGAAAUGGAGCAUUGAAAUAUGAUGUGUAGAGAGGGGAGGGGUGUGGAUGAUUGACACAUUAGGAUUAUGGGCCUGACAUGGUCCUCCCAAGCCAGGUACUCUUCUUUUACCCGAUGAUGUCAUUGUCCUGCCGAGGUACAGUAUUAUGGACCGAGCAGGUGUCACAAUUCAAGCAAGAUUUGAGGUUUUAUUGUUUAAUAGAAAUGCGUCAAUUAGCCAAAUACAACAUCUGCAAGACUUUGUUGGCCAGGCAGGUACAAGAUGCUGAUGCUGAUGCAUCAUAAGUCUUAUUUUGGGUAUGCUGAUGGCUAUUGUGAAAGAAGUCUUUUGAGAGCUUCUGUAGAUACAGAGCAGUCUUAUUACACUUGUUUAUGUUUUUCUUUCACUGGACUUAAAUGUUUGAACUUGUGUCCUCAGCACCACUUGAGUCCAGUGUUGUGUGAGUGUGCUGGGCUCUGAUCUCGUACCUCAGUGUGUCCGUUUCACCUGGCAGGACUGGGAGCAUUUUCCCCAUACUCCAAACUCCAAUCCCGACACUGGGAUUAUUUAUUCUGAACUCAGACUACUCAUUCUGCGUCAGAUUGCAGUGGCUGGUCUUCAAUGAGAGCCUUUGUUUAUUUUCUGCAGUUCACUCAGUAAGGGACUCGCACCUGAUUGGUUCACUGGUGUGAAUUUCUGGAAAGUUCUGAUUCGCUUCCCCUUGCUCAUGGUGUCUCAGCAGUAUUGUCUGUUAGUUUAAAAGCUUUUCUGAAAUGUCAUAUUUCAAUAUCAUUAUAAAGUGCUUUCAAUUUAAAAACAAUAUUUCCCACUAUCAGAUGAAAGUCAUAGAUCCCCUGAUUGACUGAUUAACUUUUUUCCUGCUGCACAAUGUUGCCUAACAGUCUUCAUGUGAAGUUUUUCAGAGGAUAUUUCUGAGGGAGUGUAGAAAGGUAAGAGUUCUGGUCCAUUCCUCUCUCAACCCGUCUCCCUCUCUCCUGCCUUCAUGCACUCCCUGCUUAAUAAUAAUAAUAAUGUGUGAAACCGGCAAAUAAUCUGGAUCCACAAUGGCUGCAGGGCCUCUGGGAAUCUGGGUGAAAAUCUACUGAAACUGUCUGAGAGAUGCCCUAACUGACCACACACAUGCGAACACACACACACACAUGCACACACACACACACACACACACACACACACACAAGCACACAUACAUGCACACACACACACACACACACACACACACACACACACACACACAAGCACACACCUAUUCUUGGGCACACAGUGCUGUUGCUUAGGAGAGCACUGGACUUUUUUUAUGCGUCUACCCAGACCAGAAGAUUAUUGCAGAUGCAUUUCCAUGCCAGCAAAGAAAGCAUACGAGAGACAUUAACAUUGUUCAUAUCCUUGUUAUUAUUAAAGAAAAGAGGUAUUACCAUCAUUAUUAUUAUGAUUAUCAUUAUGAAGACAGUUAAUAUAUUGUUUGAGGUUCUCUGACGUUCUUCUUGCUGGAUGUUGCUUUAUUGCAGUAUUUGUGUUUUCAGAACAUUUGUGCUCAGAUUUGAAAAGCUUUCUGUUUUCUGGUUUCCAUGAUAUCAAAUAAUGCAGACAUGUUACUGACGUGGUUUAAAAUGUAAGAUUAAUUAACACAAUAUUGGUAAUAAAAUAGUGAAAAUCUUU